GAUAACGUCCAACCAACCGGCACUGCGCAGCUGCACCCGUGUCCUGCAUUUUUUUUCUUCGGUUUUGUUUUCAUUCGUUGUUUUUUUGGGACGACGUUGCUUCCUUUGCUUAGUUCAUGUGUAUUAUUGCUGCUAUUAUUUUGAACAUGGUUGGAAUUUUCACUCCUUGUCUUCCUAUUAGCAACUUUUCUUCUUUCUGCAAGACCUGCUAUCUGACAGUUUAGGCUGUUUGGCUUGUGUGGACGUACGUCGCAAAAUUGAGCUUUUUAAAGUUUGAGUCGACAAAUAUUUUGGCACCUCGGAGUAAGUGAAGGCGUUUUAUCCAUUGGAGUGAAACCAAACGCAAUAAAAUGACACUCUUUCCUUUUUUCUGAGCUCUGUGCUCUCAAGAAGACUAAAGUAUAGUGUACUGGUCCAGCUCUCCAUAGUGAACUGGAUGAUGGCAGGGCCUCCCUCCCAGCGCCUGUUGCCCCCUUCUGGACCCAAAACACACUUCAGGAGCUUAGACCAUGCAGGAGGAGACUCGCUGAACACUGGACCAGUCAACACUGGCCCUGACCUCAAAUCGCCACCACAGACCCCACUCAAAGGUGAUCAGAGCUUUAAAGACUGCUGUGAAAUGAAGGAUAAGGACCGGUUGGACAUGGAUGAGAAUUCUCUGGGACGUUGCUCCAUCCGUGACAGGAACAGCAAUGGGCAAGUUGCAGAUGGCAGCGGUUUAGGGACAGGGGCAGGCACCUUCCAGAGCCUGUGGGAGCGGACAGUGGCAUCUGAUCCCGGUUUGUUCCAGCUGCACUACAUGGACCUGGGCGAGUUCCUGACGGAGAACGGCAUGGCCAUGCACGGAGCUCAGAUCCCCUCCCAGAGCUCACAGUGCCCCUCCACAUCCCCUUCUCCCUGCUCUUCCUCUUCCUCAUCCUCAGCUUCCGCCGCCUCACCUCCUACGCUGCUUGGCUUGGACCUGCAGGUGCAGCAGAGCAUGAUGGGAGCUGCCGGCUGCUUGCACAGUCCUCCUCAGGGCAGCCUUGAGCCUACUCCAUCACCCUCCUGCCCGCCACUCACUGCCCCACCCAUGACCAAUGCCAAUGACAUGCUGACGACCUUUGACCCUGACCCCGCUGAUGUGGCCCUGUCCAGUGUUCCAGGUCAGGAGGCGUUUGACCCCCGCACACAUUGCUUUACUGAAGAGGAUCUCAAGCCACAGCCUGUGAUCAAAAAGGCCCGUAAGAUGCUCGUCCCUGACGGCUUAAAGGAUGAGAAAUAUUGGAGUCGGCGCUUGAAGAACAACGAGGCAGCUAAGCGCUCACGGGACGCACGGCGAGUGAAAGAGAACCAGAUCUCAGUGCGCGCUGCCUUUCUGGAGCGGGAGAACGCUGCACUCCGACAGGAAGUGGCCAACAUGCGCAAGGAGCUUGGCCGCUGCCGCAACAUCCUCAACAAAUACGAGAGCCGCUACGUCGAGCAGUUAUGAAGAGGAAAGAAGAGAAAGACGUAUACGGAUCACUGAGUGUGUUGAGCGACAAUGGACAUGAGCUGAAGCUCACACAAAGGCACAAAGGAAAAAGAGAAAUACAUGGACAGAAAGAGUAAUGCAGGGAAAUGGACAAAAAGCCUGUUUAUACUUUCAAGAUAAGAAGUUAAACAUAGGAUAAAAUGUUUUUCCAUAAAGAAGAGAAAUGUAUAUUUUUAUAAAUAGAGGCAUUCAAUAUGGGAAGAGGAAUUUUUUGAGAAUAUUUGAUGUAUUAUAUAUAUAUAUAUAUAUAUAUAUAUAUAUAUAUAUAUAUAUAUAUAUAUAUAUAUAUAUAUAUAUAUAUAUGUAUUUCAGGAAGACUAUUUCAGGGGAGAGUGAGAUUGAGAGAGAAUGUAGAAAUAUUGCUGGUAUUUUGAAGCAUCUUUAGCUGGUAUUUUAAAAAGCACUUACAGGGGGCUGGACAGAACUAUAAUAGAUGAGAGGGGGAAAGUAAUAUUGGAGUAAAGAUUUCAUCAAAUUGGUGGAAUAAUAAUUUCAGACUGUGAAAGCUAAAGUGUAUUUUAAAUUUGCAAAAAAAUAUAUAAUUUGGGUUUAUUCAAGCACUUAAUUAAUUGUGUACUUUUUUUGCAUUUGUGAUGAAAGUGUUCAAGCAGAUUUUGGAAGAGACGACAUUUCCUGAGUUUUGGCACUUUUUUUUUUUUUUUUUUGAUUAGCAGUUCUAACAGGAAAGGGCAACUUUUGAUGUUUUACUGAUAUUUGGGACAGACGGUUCUUAAAGAGGAAGACAGAAAGAGAGAGAGAAAAUGGAAUGGAUUGUGAUGCUUAAUAUUGAUUCUUCCUUUUUUUUCUUUCUUCGCUCUCUGUUCAUUGAUUUGAAUUAUAAAUGUGUUGUGAAAUGAAUCUUCACAAAUGUACUCAGUUUCCUUUUUCUUCUAUUACUGAAAUAGACAUCUCCUAGUAUCCUUCCUCCCACACAGUUUAACACUACAACAUCUGCGAUCACCAGAACUGUUGGUGCCACAGUGUUUAAGUCCCUUGCAUACUUGAACCCUCUAUAGAAAUUAUCCUUGCUGUGCAAAGCAUACGCUUGUAUAAUACUGAUACAAAUGACAAGAAUUAUCCUUACCAGAUUGUGUAAAACAUACCGUCUGUAUUGUAUACAGAUAUUGAGUAUAUUUUCCAAACAGAUUUGCAUUUUGGACUGAUUGUGCUUUUGUAGGUUGCUUGCAUUUGUGUGUGCAGAGCUGUUCCAGGAAUCACUGGUUUUACAUGUCCAUCAUUACUGGAAUUUUUGGAAUUUCAGAGACUGACUGGGAACAGUUACAAAUCAUGUCCUUGAGUUUUACUAAUCUUCAUGAGUUCCAGUUUUGAGAAUCUCAAUAUAAAUGCAUUGACAUCACGGCAUGGCGCACUUCACUUGUUAUAGCACCUUGAAUAUUUACUUCUCCUUUCUGCUUCUAAAUCUCUUGCGUUCUUUAGAUCACUUAUAAAGUUCUUUGAAUUCUUAUUGUACUAAAUAUUACGUUCUCUUGUAAUAUGAUGAACUUUUGUUUUUCGUUUAGCUUUGCUCUGUAUUUCUGUUCCUGUAAAUGCACAACUCUCUCCUUAAUUGUGCAUGUUUAGGCCACUUCCUCCUUGAUAGCUCUCACCGGCACCAACUGGUGCAAGGUGAAUUUGUUUAUCUGAAGAGUGCAUUAUACACCCUCUGAGACACUCAUGUAGUUGCCAGUGGUCACCACAAACUGUCGAGGAACUGAACUGCAUUUUUUUUUUCUGUUUAGACAUUCCACUCAGUCUUUUUCGGUGAUGUAGGUGUUUGAGCAGUGCAGCUUUUUUGCUCACCUCUAUCUUUUGUGUCCGCAGUGACGAUAUGAUUUCCCUGCAACUUUAGAUUCACCUUUAACAGACUCAUGAAUACAACAUGAUCAUCCUCAUCGUCCUUGAGUUAUGCAUCCCAGUGACCACUUUGCUCUUAGCCAAAGUAUUUCAAGGAAAUGUCUUUUAAUGGAGAACACAAAUAAAUAAUUCUUAUUCACAAA